AUGUCUAAUGAUACGGCCAGCCCACCAUCAAUAUCAGUAAGCGUAUCUAUAGACCCACCGAAGUUUACGAGAGGCUCUGUAUCACCACCCAGUGCCACUAUCGCCAUUACAGCAACCUCGCACGCUUCUGAACCCAUCACCAUAUUCACAUGGCAUACCAUAUUUAACCUUCGACUUGCGCAGCGACGUAAAAACUUCAUCUGUACAGAUCUCACGACAGGUUCAGCACUCCAGCUGGAGAGCACCAAGGGUCCAAAACGACCACAGUUUAGCUUUGCGCUUGGUGGCCGUGAUGACGACUAUUUUAUUACCCUGGAGCCACAAAGGCCUAUGACCAUUACCCAUAGGUUUCUUCGAUCUGUUGCACUUGAAGGUCAUCGCGCCUUCUUGCCAGGCCAUAAGUACCGUCUUGAAGUGCGUGAGGACGAGGAAGCUGAAUGGUGGCGCUAUGGAAAGAAAGAAGAUGUAAUGUCGCCUCCUGGUCAAUUUGCUGCUAGAGAAAGCUGUGAGCAUGCAAGCGGUCCACCAAUCAAACUCGGACCUAUUGCCCCAAUUGAGUUUGAGGUUGAAGGUUAG